GAGUAGUGUCACAACGGUCGUAACUGAGUAUUAGAUAGUUUCCAAUCAAUAGUGAUAAGUUAGUGUAAUGAGUUUGUGUCAAUUUCUUUGGUAAUCAUGGAUGUGGCGUUUAAGUUAAAAACGGAGAAUCCCAAAAGACGGGCAAACGUCUUGUCGAAAUUAUUUUUUGCAUGGCUCCUACCCAUAAUUAAAAAAGGAAAUAAACAAACUCUGGAAGUUGCAGAUCUGUACGAAGCUUUAGAUGCCGACAAAUCAAAACGACUUGGAGAUGCCCUGGAAAAGCACUGGGAUAAACAGAUGCUGGUGGCUAAAGAGAAACAUCGACAACCAAGUUUAAUGUGGGCUUUAUGGAAAACAUUUCGUUUUGAGCUGAUGGUAUAUGGAAUUAUUUGGUGUUUUCAAAAUGUAGUACUUGUGUCUUUGAAACCAAUUCUAAUUGGCCAGUUGGUUGCACUGUUUGUUAAUUACUCCGAGGAUACGGUAACAGAUAUUUACAUUUAUAGUGCUGGUUUUAUAGGACUAUCUGCUUUAAUUGUAUUUUUUAAUCACCACACUGUUUUUGGUCUUCAAGUAAUGGGAAUGAAAAUAAGAGUAGCCAUAUCAUCACUAGUAUAUCGAAAGAUUACUAAGCUGAAUCAGAAGGCUUUGGGAGAAACCGCUGCAGGACAAAUAGCAAAUUUGCUUUCAAACGAUGUUAUGCGUUUUGAUUUAGUCGUAGUACCACUACAUGCCCUAUGGGUUAUGCCAAUUCAAGUAGCAGUGCUCUUGUUUAUUAUGUGGCAGCAAGUAGGAAUCUCAUCUUUAGCAGGAGUCGUUUCUAUGGCAGUGGUUAGUUUGCCAGCGCAAGGAUACUUGGCAAAACUUCAAGGUAAAUAUCGAGAAAGUAUCUCCAAGAAAACAGACAAAAGGGUAAAGGUUAUGAACGAAGUGGUAUCGGGAAUACAGGUUAUAAAAAUGUAUGCUUGGGAGAAGCCAUUCGAGGCUGUGAUUAAACUGGCUAGAGCUACCGAAAUCAAAGACAUUACAGCUGCUUCCUAUCUGAGAGGGGUAUAUUCCAGUUGCAUGGUGUUCUUGGAUAGAAUGGCUUUGUUUUUUACCAUUAUUUGUUAUAUAUUGUUAGGUAACUUCCUAACCGCUGACGUAGUUUUCUCUUUGGCUCAAACAUAUAACAUCUUACAAAUGGCUAUGGCUAUAUAUUGGCCAAUGGCCAUUAGCACCGGUGCAGAAGCUUUGGUUUCAGUAAAAAGAGUUCAGGAAUUUCUUGUUAUGGAAGAAAAAGAAGAAUCAAAGAUAGAUGAUUUAGGAAAACCUGGGGUUAUCCUUUCCAAUGUAAACGCUUCGUGGACACCUAGUACAAAUACCUUACAGGAAAUUUCACUUCAGAUCCCUACAGGUACGUUAUGUGCUGUUGUAGGACCUGUUGGAGCUGGCAAAAGUUCGUUGUUACAGCUUCUUCUUGGAGAACUUCCUGCCAAAUCUGGCAAAGUUAUGAUAGGAGGAGAAAUAUCAUACAGUUCCCAAGAACCUUGGUUGUUCCAAUCCUCAGUUCGAAAAAACAUUCUCUUCGGAAAACCAUACGAAAAAACCUGGUACGACAAGGUCGUCAAGGUUUGUGCACUCGAAAGAGAUUUUGAACAAUUUCCCCACAAAGAUAGAACAAUCGUUGGAGAAAAGGGUGUCUCUCUUAGUGGAGGCCAAAGGGCAAGAAUUAAUUUGGCAAGAGCAAUCUACAGGAAUGCUGAUAUUUAUUUAUUGGAUGAUCCUUUGUCGGCUGUGGACACUCAUGUCGGAAAACAUUUAUUUGAAAGCUGUAUUGUAAAUCACUUAAGAGGAAAAACGAGGAUCCUAGUAACCCAUCAAAUUCAAUAUUUAAAGAAAGCUAAUUUAAUUGUUGUUAUUAACGAUGGUAAAAUUGAAGCUCAGGGUACCUUUAAUGAACUAAUGGAAUAUAAUCUAGAUUUCACCAAGUUAUUAGUUGCCGCUGAUGAAACAGAAGACAAGGAAGAAGACUCAGACUCGGAUGGGGGUAAAUUAAUAAAAAGUGGACGUGCUUCUGCGCGUAAUAGAAGAAAAUCAUCCGCAAUAUCGACUUUGAGUGAUUUUUCGGAAAGUAUGUAUGAUGAUCCCCAAGUAAUUGAAGAAGAAUCAGGAAAUGCUAAAAUCGGCACAACCUUUGUUCAAUACAUUGCCUUUACUAAAAGUAUUUGCUUUGUAACUUUUAUAGCUAUUCUGCUCGUUCUUGCACAAGGAUUUAAUGUUUUGGUUGAUCUAUGGGUAACUUUCUGGACCUCUCAAGAGCAAACACGUCAUUCAAACAACACAUCCAUUUUGUUGCAAUCGGUGGGUACUAAUGAAGUAGAAUUAUAUCCAUUAAACCAAACAAGCAAAAUCAAUGCAACUCAUCGAUAUGUUUACAAUACUGAGAAUAAUAAUGGGUCACUGAUCUUGAAGCAGAUAAGUUUUGACGACUUAUUUGACAAAAUCCAACUCGAUGGUCAAGUACAAGAAAUUAUUAAAACAGACUACGCUAUAUAUAUUUACAGUGCUCUAAUGGCAUUAGCUAUUAUUUUAACGAUAGCUAGAUCUUUUCUUUUCUAUAAAGCUUGCAUGAUGUCAUCUACCCAUCUGCACAGCAGCAUAUUUCACACGUUACUUAAAGCGCCGAUGAGAUUUUUUGAUACAAAUCCCAGUGGAAGGAUUCUUAACCGAUUUUCUAAAGAUAUGGGUGCCAUAGAUGAAGUGUUGCCAAGAGUUUGGUUUAGACAGCAUUCAAGUUUUUUUGGUAAUGGCUGGAAUUUUAGUUAGCAUCACUGUUUCAAAUUACUAUAUACUUGUAGUAAUGGUUAUUAUGGCGUUCAUAUUUAUAAAGUUUAAGGAUUGGUAUAUAGCAACUGCCAAAGUUCUUAAACAUAUAGAAGGAAUAACAAAAUCGCCAGUGUUUUCUUAUGUAAAUUCAACUCUUAAUGGAAUAACAACAAUAAGAGCUUCCAACACACAAAAUAUCUUAAAAGAUGAAUUCGAUGAAAACCAAGAUGCGCAUACAUCCGCAUGGUACCUGACAAUAGGAUGUAUGAGCUCGUUUGGAUUAUGGCUUGAUAUGGUGUCCAUAAUAUUCUUGACGUGUGUAAUUGUCUGCUUUAUCAUUUUAAGUAAAUUUACUAAUGUAGACGGCAGCCUGGUAGGUCUAGCGGUUUCCCAAUGCUCAGUUCUGAUCGGAAUGUUACAAUAUGGAAUGAGACAAUUAGCAGACUUCAUCAAUCAACUAACCAGUGUAGAGAGGACUUUGCAGUAUACCAAAAUCGAUAAGGAAGGUCCAUUUGAAACACCAAAAGAAAAAAUACCUAAGGGAAUCUGGCCCAAGGAAGGUCUCCUAGAAUUCAGAAACUUAUCUUUAAUAUAUGUGGAAAAUGAUCCUCCAGUUUUAAACAAUCUUAAUUUCACUAUAAAACCUGGGCAAAAAAUUGGCAUAGUAGGCAGAACUGGUGCGGGAAAGUCAUCACUUAUUGCAGCUCUCUUUCGUCUUGCUCCGACUAAAGGCUCUAUUUUCAUAGAUGGAGUGGACACUAAAGAUUUGGGAUUAACCGAUUUAAGGAAGAAAAUCUCAAUAAUACCUCAGGAACCAGUAUUAUUUUCAGCAACAUUAAGAUAUAAUCUAGAUCCAUUUAAUAAAUUCGACGAUGAGAAAAUUUGGAAAGCUUUGGAACAGGUAGAAUUAAAGGAAAGUAUUGAUUCAUUAGAUUUCCAAGUUGCAGAAGGAGGUGGUAACUUUAGCUUGGGUCAAAGACAGUUAGUGUGUUUAGCCAGGGCAGUUCUUAAAAAUAACAAAAUAUUGGUAUUGGAUGAAGCUACAGCUAAUGUUGAUCCUAAGACGGAUUCAUUGAUACAAGCAACAAUUCGAAAACGGUUUAAAGAUUGCACUGUGCUUACUAUCGCUCACCGGCUAAAUACCAUAAUGGACUCAGACAAGGUACUAGUAAUGAGUUUUGGACACAUGAUAGAGUUCGACCAUCCUCACAAUCUACUAGAAAUACCAGAUGGACAUUUUCAUCGAAUGGUCUUGGAGACGGGAACUGCGAUGACUCAGCAGUUAAAGAGUAUUGCCAAAAAUGCUUACAACAAAAAUAUUGAAUAAAAAUAGUAGUAUUUUAUUGUUUAAGUAUUUAUAAAUUAUUAUGUAGUUUAUUUUUUGUUAUAGCAGUUGAAUAUUUAUGUUUUAAUUUCUAGGAUCUAGGAAUUUUAAUAAAUAUAUGUUAGAAUAUU